AUGGAUCUGUUUGGAGAAGACUCCGAGAAUAAUUGCUGCGAGGGAUGGGGUAGGAGAGCACAUGGUAGAGCUAGUCGCAGCGGGGCGGUAAGGGGAAGACUGAUAAAACAGAAGCGAAACAGUGAGGAGCGUGAGGAAGAGACAAACCUCUUUAGCGUCAGUUCUGGAGAGGACAAAAGGAGAACUCCUGGCAGGAAGAGGGGCCUCUUUAGUGAAAGCGUGAACGAUGAGGAUAGUUCCGGGGAAGAUAGGAAGAAAAACAAAAAGAGGAGGGUGAGGAGUAAAUGUCUGUUCAGUAGCACCUCUGAUGGGGGCAGCCAUAAAAGUGAGGAAGCGAGUGAGGCAGGAAAAUUGGGGGAUAAUAGUCCCCAGGAGGGGAAAUCUAAUUGUCUGUUUAGCAACGACGUGGAGGAAGUAAAACAAGGGGAUCAAUAUCCCCAGGAGAAGAUCUCCAACUCUCUGUUUAGCAGUACCUCAGAGGAGACCCCCCAAAGCGGGUCAGAAGUGAAAGGAAAGAACAAAAGUCCAAAUGGAGAGGGUAGAAAAGUUCAAAGCAGAAUGUACAUAAGGGAAGGAAAUUUCUUCCUUAAUAUUGGUGAAAAAGGGAAAAAGAAAACACGAAAGAAAACGUCCUUCUCGAACAUUGGAUUACAGGGGAGGUCUAAUAUUGCAAACAAGUGUGGCUACCGUAUGAAUGCGGGUAGAAGUGGAAAAAGGGACCUCCCUUACUAUGACCUGCAUGGCACGAACGAGGAAGGGAUGUACCGCCUAAUAAGUUUUGAGAAGCUAAAAAAGAGAGCUUCAAGGAAGUUAAAUUUUAUGAGCAUAGUUAAUAUGGCGAAUGGGGGGGGCAACUCGUCUGAUAAUUCAUCUGGUUCAUCGUCUGGCUUGUCGUCGCAUUCGUCAGUAUGUACGUUAGUACGUUCUCAAGUGGGUGAUGACGCGGGGGACGAAGGAACCGACAGCACGGCCAACUCGGAAGAAGACAUUUUAAACCGCACGGGUGUGAGUUACGUGGCGUCGAGCGAAUCAACCCAAGAGAGCAAAAACGACAUUGCAUCUGUGAAUGAUGAGAUAAGCAACAACAGGACCAUGGACGUGUACCGUUACUACUACCUGGGUAACCACGUGGACAAUCUGGUUCGGAAUAAGAAUGUGGAAAAAAUGGAGGAAAGUGCAAUUUGCAUUGGGGGUGAAAAUCUACAUGACCGUUUGUUUGGCCUGGGGGAGGGGAAUUCGAAGGAGCUACAUAGAGGGGAAGUCACUUUAGACGGGAUGCAUAAAGGCAUGAGUAAGGAGGAGACCCAACAAUUGGACAGAGGAACAUCCAUAAAAAUGAAGCAGCCACGUAAUAAAAUAGGGAAACGAAAUAAUGGCAUGCUGCAAAGAAAUUUAAAGCUGUAUAGAAAUUUUAAAAAUAUAAAUGUAGAAGUAUCACGACAGAAUAACCUCAAAGGAUUGAACUUCAAAGAAAUGGUCGUGAAUUUCAUUCGACUGGUGAAUAAGAACGUGAUGGAGAUAGGGGAACGGGGAGAAAUGGACCUGUCCAAGGAAGGGAACAAUUCGAAAGACGAUUUUAAUGACACCAGCGAUGUAGAAGAGUGGUAUGUUACCAGAGGGGACGUCACGAAAGGGGAAGAAACGAAAACACAGGCAUCUUUGCAGGAAGCGGAGGGACAACAUAACCACUUGGAGGUAGCUAAAUGUGUGUGCAUUUUCUGUUCAGAAAAGAAAAAAAUCCUCACAAACGAAGAAAUGCAUGUAAGUACAUUUAAGUAUAUGGACGAAAGGAAAGAAGAAGACACUGUGAUCAAGCCGUUUUUCAUGCACAACUAUGUGUUCACCGCGUUCAUCAAUUAUUUUAUUCACUACGGGAGGGUUACGCGUGUGCAGGGGGGGAAAAAAACAGGAGGGAAAAAUAUCCUAUUUUACAAAUUUGACAAAAUGGUGACAAAAAAAUAUGGCAUUAAGCGGGUAAUUCUUUUUGUGGCGAAAAGAGUGACGCUCACAAGUGUAGGUAUCCACAUGGAAGGGUCGAACAUGUUACAGGAAGAGGAGGAGUUUGUCGUCGUUAUAAACUUUUUUAAGUGGGGAAUGAUGCGAAGACGUUACAAAGAGAUUGUAAAGUUAAAAAGGAGGAAAAAGGAAAAGGAAAGUUUGAGCAUUUUUAAAACAUUUUUUUUUGUCGUUAAAGCGAUUGAUGAGUAUUGCAUACUGUGUAACAUCCAAGUGGAUCAUCCGAAAGGCAAAAAAAAUUUUCACGAAGGGAAAGGAAAAUACAUGAGUGAACCAUUUUGCAAAAAGGAGGAUAGUAACCCUCGGAACGGGUGCACCUCCUUUGAUUCUUCUUAUUUGUCCAAUAAUGAGGUGAGGGUUGGCCAAAUUGAGGACGCGCUAAACCGCGACUUGGCCAACUCCCGUCUGCAGUUCGCCCUGGUCGAUUCUCUGCGCGUCUCUGCGGGGAGUACGCUGUACCUCUUCCCGGCUCAUAUGCUCGUGCUGGUCUGA